ACGUUUGGCUCGCGGCCCCAACUGCGCCCCUGUAUCUGUGUGUUUGUGGUGUGUGUUGCCAUUAGACGGGUCAGAACGCGAGAGCGAAGGGGACACCAUGGCUUCUCAGCGGCUUUAUCUGAGGUUGGUAGGGCUCACCGCUCUGCUCACAUUGCUGGCUCUCGCAGAUGUUUCCAGUGAGAGCAGCCUUCACAAGAUCCUGAAGAAAAGAGAUGUGGUGGGUGACGGUAGCGCUUCACCUAAGUACAGGGUGGCUGUUGCUCCCGCCAAGGCCAAAGAGUUCCUGGCCAAGCUACGGCGGCCCAAGAGGAACAUUUGGGACCGCAGCAGGCCAGAUGUGCAGCAGUGGAUCAUGCAGUUCAUGUACAUGGGCUUCGACGAGACGAGACUGGAGGCAGACCUGUCCUACUGGAUGGACCACGCGCGGUCCAGCGAUCAGGGUCGCCAGCACCAUUAUGACGAGAACUCUCCCAUUGGACCCAGAGACAGAGGGGCACACCGUCACGGAGCCGACGUCAACUACGACUACUACUAACUCAACAUGCUGUCUCACUCCCUCUCUCAAAACGCAAGACUAACCUCUGUCUUCCUUCACUACUUCUAACCCCCUCUCUAUUUCUCCCUCAUAUAGUGUGCAACUUCUUUUCUUUCUUUGUAUACAGUUGACUUUCCGUUAAACAACACCUGGACAAACAUUUUUGGGUUGUGCAUCAGCUCAUGCUUUUCACUCGUUUCUAACCCAUCCCUUAGGGCCAAGAUAUCCUGUGGCGUCCCACAGGGUUGGAUAAUGGGACCUUUGUUAUUCCUAAUCUAUAUCAAUGACCUUGCUGCUGUGUCUUCUACAGUACUUCCCAUUCUCUUUGCUGAGGAUACCAAGUAGAUGUUUAUCACACAAUCAUUUGUAUUCACUAAUUAACGAAGCCAACUCAGGCAUGGACACAUUUUAUGAAUGGUUCCAGAUAAACAAAUCAUCUUUAAAUGUUAAAAAACCUCUAACUUUAUUGUAUUCACUAGUAAGGAUAAGAAAUGUGGUUAAACAAAGAGCCAGAAUCUCAAUUGGUGGGAAUGAAAUGGAACAAGUCACAUCCACUAGAUUCCUCUGAGUUAUAAUUGAUGAACAGUUGUCCUGGAAAGGUCAUUUUCAGUUUGUCUGCAGCAAAGUGGUGAAAUCUGUUGGUAUUAGUGGUUUGGUUCAUCAGGCUUGCUUCCUAACUCUAUACUAUAUCUAUACUAUACUAUAUAUAUAUACUAUACUUAAUUUACCAUAUCUCAUUUACUGUAAUAUUGUCUGGGCCAUCACAUAUGCCUCCUAUCCACACAAAUUACUCAUCAUACAAAAUACAUUUGCAAGACUAGC